GCGCUUAAUUUGAAAGGCUUUUUGCGCAACAGCCUUAAGAUCAAAAACCCAUGACGCAGGAUCUCUUAUAAAAAUGGAGUGACAAGCCUUCAUCGCCGCCACUUCUGCAUAUUACCUUGGCAAGAUGACGCCGGUACCAAAAAUGUUAAGCCUUUUGACUUUAAUAUUGGGUUUAACAUGGUCGGUGCUACCAGGAGGAAACUGUCAGAUAAUAGAUGCGGAUAUGCCAGUAGAGAUUAUAGAAUGUGUUCAGUUGCUAAGUAACACGACUGGUGACGUAAGUAAGAGAAAUGAUAUACAUGAUGAUGUCUAUAACCAGUGUUUACGGCAGUUCGUUUGGAAAGACCAGCACGUGGACUGGAGCAACUUCAACAUCACCGCGGCGGAUAAAGAAUUCAUCAAUUCACUUAUUGGCUCGCUUGUCAGUCGUAGCCGACAGAAGCGUAGAGUCCACUUGAAUGAUUCUCCUCGGAGAUUAAGAAUAAGACGGGAAUAUCGUACGCUCCCUGAUAAAGACCGAUUUGCGUUCCAUAGAGCGUUGAACACGAUGAAAAAGACGGGACAGUACGAUGUGUUUGCUAAAUUGCACACUGGAAGCGUGGUACUUACAGCUCAUACUGGACCAGCUCUUUUUGCCUGGCACAGAAUCUAUAUAUUUUUGUUUGAAGAAGCAAUGUGUAGAAUAAUUCCAUGGCUAUCCCUUCCAUAUUGGGACACUACUCUUGACGACAACAUGUAUGAUCCAGCUGAUUCAAUUAUCUGGACAAAGAAUUUUCUUGGCAAUGGAGACGGGCAUGUUAGAGUCGGUUCCUUUGCUAGAUGGAUGUCGCCCGGUGGUCCCUUAACAAGGAAUAUCGGUGGUCGUAGUAGGUUAAUUUCUAGGGAUGUUGUUCGUAGAGUUCUGAGUAGAUGUCGUACAAGGGAUAUAUCAUAUCCUACUGCCAAGAAAGGUUAUGACUUUGAAAAAUAUCACGGUGGUCCGCACCUCUGGGUUGGAGGGCAUAUGUCUGGUAUGAAUACAGCAGCAUUUGAUCCGGCGUUUUUCCUUUAUCACGCGUUCAUCGAUUACAUUUUCGAAUUAUUUCGAAUCCGCCAAUCGACAUUUUGUGGAGUAGAUCCAGCAAUGGAUUAUCCUCCAACGAAAGGUCUACACGCUGCAAAACGUCCAAUGGAUCGAUUUCCGCAGUACAGAAAUAAAGAUGGUUAUAGCAAUUACUGGACAAAGUUCAUGUACAGGUAUGAACAUUCUCCUACCUGCUCUAUGUGGCAACCGUUCUGCGGAAGUCCAUAUCUGCGAUGUGACAUGUCACGACAAAUAUGUGUAUCAAUGGGAAGAAAGAAAUCAGCUCAUAUGGUGUGUACAAGGCGGGCCCGUGCUGAGGAAUUAAGUAUUUACUACGGGAUAAUAUUUAGAGCACCACCAUCGGAGCCGAGAACAUGUGCAUUGCGGAGUGCGUUUACUAGCAGAAAGAGACGAGCGGUUAACCAAAAUAUGGCGUCUUCAUUAGGUGACCAAGACUUCACAAAGUUAUCAAUGCCUGUACCUCUGUCCAAGAAACUUCUGCCAAUACCUGAUUAUCACGAAACAUCUGCAACACUCAAAAACAAUUUUGAAAUCAACGGACAUGCAGAUGUCACAAAAUGGGUAUUUAUCCCUGUAAACGUUACUUACAAAAGAAAUCAAGGAAGCCAAGUUUCAACGUUCCGGAACAAGAAGACGUGUGUUAAAGACCCGGCUGGAGCAAUGAAAGUUGGAAUACAAUCUAGUGGACUGAAUUACGAUGGUGAUUACUUCGGAUAUGCUCUUAUUGAUCGUCAUUUACCGGUAGAUUCUUCCACAACAUUUAUUGGUAUAAAAUCACCGGAGGUUCAGUAUACCGAAGUCAUCUUGUCUGCUGUUCAUUCGUGUGGAACCAUGUGUCAGGCCUAUUGUUUAAUUCCUGAAUCUGAACCCGCUGCAUUUAAACCAUGUUUUGGGGUUCUAAAAAUAUCGAACUACGAUCUAAACGUGUAUGGUCGCACAUAUGAGGAGGCAGUAUCUCGUUUCAUGCUAGGAGGUGUUGCCAGUGGCGGGAUGCAGAAUAAAACUCUUAGAAUGUUUUUCGAUUGUUCUGAUUCUGGCAAUUCACAAUAGCUUUCAGACGAAGAAGCUGUCAACCAGAAUGAAACAAUGUUUUCACAAUUUUCUUUUGGUCGCUCUUCCUGGUAACAUAUCUUCUUUAAUACAUGGAAAACAUUAGCAAAGAGAAAAGAAUAAGUACAUUUCCUCUUUUUGUUAUGCUAAUUGGUAUAUCGUCAAUAAAAUAUCAAAUUAUCA